CAUCGGAUCAAGACAACGACACACCUAACUCUUUCUACAACUUCUCGAGAUGGGCAAGUUUAUGCAUGCGUGCGAGGGAGAGAUGGUCUGCGAGAGCAGCAAUGUGAAGAUUCCACAUUUCGGGGCCUCCAUUUACCUGGAGAACAAGACAUCGGUAGGGAAAGUCGACGAGAUUCUGGGCCCUAUCAACCAGGUUUUCUUCACCAUAAAGCCGUCAGAGGGUAUCCAAGCCACUUCCUUUAAAUCCGGUGACAAAUUCUACAUCGCGCCGGAGAAGCUACUACCGCUAGAGAGAUUUCUCCCAAAGCCGAAGCCCGCUCCAGGCACCAUGACCAAAGUGAAGAAGCUGGUGAAGACACUUUGAAACCCUGGCCAUAUCUCCACGGCGCAUUUUCAAGAGUGUGGACAUUGAUGCAUUGUGGGCGCCACUCAGCAUCGGGCGGACCGAUCAUGGCACAGA